GGAAGAUGGCGGCGCGGGCAGCCUUUGGGACUGUGUGCCGGCACCUCUGGCAGGGCUUGGGGAAUUUGUCUGUAAGCAGUUCUAAGAGCAGUACAGCAAAUAAUGGUGCCUUUCUUCUCAGUACCAGCAUGAAGUGGGUACAGUUCUCAAACCUUCAUAUUGAUGUUCCAAAGGAUUUGACCAAACCUACGAUAACCAUUUCUGAUGAACCAGACACAUUAUAUAAACGACUGUCAAUUUUAGUUAAAGGCCACGAUAAGGCUGUGUUGGACAGUUAUGAAUAUUUUGCUGUGCUUGCUGCUAAAGAACUUGGUAUCUCUGUUAAAGUACAUGAACCUCCAAGGAAAAUAGAGCGAUUUACUCUUCUCAAAUCGGUGCAUAUUUUCAAGAAGCACAGAGUUCAGUAUGAAAUGAGAACACUUUACAGAUGUUUAGAGUUAGAGCAUCUAACUGGAUGCACAGCAGAUGUCUACUUGGAAUAUAUUCAGCGAAACUUACCUGAAGGUGUUGCCAUGGAAGUAACAAAGACUCAGUUAGAACAAUUACCAGAUCACAUCAAGGAGCCAAUCUGGGAAACAGUACCAGAGAAAAAAGAAGAAAGCAAGUCAUGAAGCCUCAGGGAGCCACUGUGCCUGGAUUCGAAAGAAGAGCGGGGCCAGAUGCGAAUGUGUGAAUGGAGAGCAUGUGAAACUGAGACAGUGUGGAGUACUCUCACUGCUCUGUUGAGUCCUCUUGCCCAGUUCAGUUGAGAACAGGGAAUGGAACCUUAAUGACAGACUGAAAUGGAGUGAGAGACCAUUUUAUCUGUUCUUUUUUUAUCCAUGUCAUCGUUUCCGUUCCAAUUUUAAAAACUUGAGCAGCCAGACAUUGUGGUACACAUCUGUAAUCCCAGCUGCUUGGGAUGCCAAAGCAGGAGGAUUGCAAGUUCAAAACCAGCCUCAACAAGUUACUGAAAGCCUGACUCAAAAUAAGAAAAGGGUUGGAAAUGUGAUUCAGUGAUAGAAUUCCCCUGGAUUCAAAACCCAGUACCGCAAAAAAAUAAAAAUAAAAUAUACAAGUGAACCAUUUGGA